AUGACUGUUUUGGGUGGACACCGAUAUCCUAUAGCGAGACGAACGUUUGGGCCUUGUGAAAGAGAGAGGUGUGCAUUAUCCCAGAGCGUCCCGUCCGCACUCCCGAUCCCUUGGCGAGCGGUGCAUCGGCGGAGGCCCGAGGUGCUCUCGGGCUUCCGCUCUGCGCCCGACCGCAUCGGCGCCCACCCGUCCGCCCUAUAA